CCUUCUUCAUUCUUAUUAUAAUUUUAAAGUACUUUUGUCAUAAAAGCAACUUCGACUUGACAAAUAUAUUUAGUAGUUCUUUGGAAUCUAUCAGUUCGAGAGUACAAUUUUUUUUCUCGUUUAAAAAAAAAAUGAACGAUAAGUCAGUCAAUAUUCAAAAGGAUUCUAAUGCGCCUCAAAUUACUUCGGUUAUCAAUAAAGAUGAAAGUCGGGAAUUAAUGGCAAUGUGGCCGGAUGUAGUCAGAGAUCUUACUAAAGACAGUCGUUUUGCAGAUGCUCCUGAUAUCACCAAGUGGCUCGAAAAGAUGUUGCAAUAUAAUGUUCCAAAGGGUAAGAUGACUCGUGCUACAGAUUUAGUUUAUGCAUAUAAACAACUCGCUCCUCCUGAUCAAGUAACCGAUGGAAAUAUUCGUUUAGCACGAAUUUUAGGAUGGUGCAAUGAAAUGCUGCAAGCAUUUUUCCUGAUGGAGGAUGAUAUUAUGGAUCAUUCGAAAAUUCGUCGAGGACAACCUUGUUGGUAUCUUCACAACGAUAUCGGACUUGCAGCCGUUAAUGAUGGAAUUUUAGUUGAGCAAAUGAUCUAUCAACUUCUUCAAAUUCAUUUCCGAGAAAAAUCUUGCUAUCUCGAUCUUGUUGAUACAUUUCACGAGAAUAUCUAUUUGACAGCAGUGGGACAAUCAUUGGAUUUAUUGUCAACGAAUAAUGGGAAGAAACCGAAUUUAAAUAUUUUUACAAUGGACCGAUAUAAGAGUAUUAUAAAAUACAAAACUGCGUAUUAUACAUGUGUUUUGCCAGUAGUAUUAGCAAUGCACCUCGCUGGAAUUAAAGAUAGUGAAAAGUUUAAACAAGCGACAAAUAUACUUUUGGAGAUAGGAAUAUUCUUUCAAAUUCAGGACGAUUAUUUAGAUUCUUUCGGAGAUUCAAGUGUCACGGGAAAAAUUGGAACCGAUGUUGAAGAAGGAAAAUGUACCUGGUUAGUCGUUGUUGCCCUGGAACGAGUCACGCCGGCACAACGAAAAAUUUUAGAGGAAUGUUAUGGCGAAAAUGAUUCGAAAAAAAUCGCAAAAGUGAAAGAUUUGUAUAAUGAAUUGGGAUUGCAAACAAUUUACUCUGCUUAUGAAGAAGAAAGUUAUAAUUUAAUCAACACUCAUAUCAAACAAAUGUCCUGCGGAAUGCCUCGUGAUUUAUUUUUGACAAUAUUGCAUAAAUUUUAUCGCAGAAAUAUGUAAAAUCAACUUUCAUGAAUUUAUUCAUAAACGUUGAUUCUAAUUUUGUAAAAAAGAAAUAGACCGAGGACUUAUUCAUAUAAAUGAAGUUUGGCAAUAUUACAAAAUUUACUACCGUAAAAUGACUAUUUGAGCGAAAAAAUUAAAUAAUAAAUAAAUUCGUUCAA